CUGGGCCUCGACUCCGGACUUGGCGAAAACUCCCAUGGAGGAACCAGAAUUGGAGGGGGUGCGCUGGGAGCAGGCCAGUCUGGGGCUUCGGACUUCAUGUCCCAGGCGGCCUCGCGCGAGACCGGAAGUGCUGCGAGCCUAUAAGAGCGCGAGGCGGCGCCCGCGGCUCAGCUCUGGGGCGGUGGUGUUACCUGGUUGCGGGUGUCCGAGAGUCCUCCGUCUCCUGGAGCCUCGGGAGCGGCAGCUCGGUCGCAGAGUGGCGGAGGCGGAUCUCGGAGGCCCCGGCCCGCUGCGUCCUACUGUGGCUAGGGGAGUGCCUGAUCAGAAUGGCUUCAGGGUGGUUUUAUCUGUGCUGCCUGGUGCUGGGGUCCCUGGGCUCGAUGUGCAUCCUCUUCACUGCCUACUGGAUGCAGUUCUGGUGUGGCGGCUUUGCUUGGGAUGGCAGCACCCACACGUUCAACUGGCACCCGGUGCUCACAGUUGCUGGCAUGGUGGUGUUCUACGGAGCUGGGUCGCUGGUGUACCGCCUGCCCCAGUCAUGGCUGGGGCCCAAGCUGCCCUGGAAGCUCCUCCACGCAGCUCUGCACCUGAUGGCCUUCAGCCUCACUGUCGUGGGGCUGGUUGCUGUGUUUAAGUUUCACAACCACAACCACAUUGCCAACCUCUACUCCCUGCACAGCUGGCUGGGCAUCACCACCGUCUUCCUCUUCGCCUGCCAGUGGUUCCUGGGCUUUGCCAUCUUCCUCCUGCCCUGGGCAUCCCUGUGGCUGCGCAGCCUCCUUAAGCCCAUCCACGUCUUCUUUGGAGCCUCCAUCCUCUCUCUGUCCAUUGCAUCUGUCAUUUCUGGCAUCAAUGAGAAGCUUUUCUUCACUUUGAAAAACGCCACCCGGCCAUACUCCAGCCUGCCCAGCCAGGCUGUCUUUGCCAACAGCACCGGGAUGCUGGUGGUGACCUUUGGGCUGCUGGUGCUCUACAUCCUUCUGGCGUCCUCUUGGAAGCGCCCAGAACCAGGGAUCCUGACUGACAGACAGCUGCUGCUACAGCCGAGGCAUGGAUCCCCGCUUCUCCCUGUGACUUACAUGCCUGUCACCACCAGGCGGCCCCAUGAACCCUGGUAACCUGCUCUCCCAAGAACAGACCACCUGUCCCCAGAUGUCCCAAUAGUGAUGAGUGACAGAGGUGGCUGUGGACUUCCUUUGCUUCUCCUUGCUGGGUCCUGACCUGCCCCUUGGCAGGUCCAAGUUUGCUCUGUUGACAGGGCCCUGGCCCUGCUGAUUACUCUCCAGCUCUUCACGAAACUGGUGCCAAAGUUGUGGUCUCCUAUGUCCAGCAGAGCCCUGGGAGCUGCUGCCACCCUCAGAGGGCUUCCUUGCUGAGAACCAAAGUGCUUCACCUGCCCCCGCAAGGGCUGCACGUCUGGCUAAACUCAGUCUUCUGUGUCGUGUCUGAGUGUGAGCUGUUGCUCUUCUGAAGAGGAGCUGGGGUGGGGAGGGAGGAGCCUCACUCCUCUCUUAAGUGUCGCUGCUGUGGCUUUUCUUGCCUUCUCCAAACAAGCCCUGCCAGGCCCUACGCUGCUGUGCUUAGUAGACAAGUGGGAAGCCUGGGUUUGGAGCCUGCCUACUUGCAGGCGAGUAGCGAUGAGGCUGACUGUCCAGCCCAGCCCCACAUCGCCAGAUGGUGGCAGAAGGGCCAAGACUGAACUUGCUGAUGGGAUGAUGCCUUCACAGCCAUUGGGAUGACUGCCAGCCACUGUGCUCACGUGAAAGUGCCCGCUUUCCAUGUGUGUAGGCAUUUUACUGGUUCAUAAAGCUUGAUUUUUCAUUAAAUGUGUUUUUAAGAAUCAAA